GUCACUGUUAAUCCAGCUCGGUUGUGCCUCUGAGCAUUGUCGUUCUUUCUGCAAUCUGCCAAUUUCCCAACGGAUGGGCCACAACAGAACAUUUUAAAGCACCAACGUUUUCGUGUGUUUUUGGACCUCCAGCUAGUGGGGGCUUCACUCCGGGUCAGAGGUGGUUCUCAGUUCCUGAACCCAGCCAUGAAGUCCUGUCCAGGAGUUGCGGCUGUGCUGCUGCCCAUCGCUCUCUGCCUGAGUUUGGCUCCGGUGUGUCUGGGAGCUGCCAUCCCCUCUGCGUGCGGAACCAUCUACAAGAGCUUCGCUCAGUGUCUCAUCUCACUGGGGGACAGUUUGGUGGAAACACAAAAAGACCAGAACACACAGGACAUCGACUCAAUCUGCAGGUCCUGGAAUACUUUCCAUGUCUGUGCCAGCUCUGCCCUGGCUGGCUGUCCAGGAGAAGCAGCAGCCAUCUGGGAGUCUCUGAGACAAGAGUCCAGGAAGGCCCAGUUUUCUGGAAACCUCUAUGACAUGUGCGCCAGCCGGACCACUCUCCCCCCCAGCACUCUGCCUGCACCCGACAGCUCUGCCACCUCGGACCAGAUGAACAAGGAGACUCUGAAGGGCCAUGCACACAAACACGGCUCCGCCAGCAUCUCGGUGCUGCUGCCUAUGUGCAGCAUGCUGCUGCUGCUGUCCCCCAGGAGCUAGUCCCCAAACAGAGACGCUCACGCAGCAAAGUCUCAACAAGCUGCAGGCUUUUAAACUGGAGAGGCUGGGUGAUUGUUGUCUGCAGUGAAUGAGUGACUGUGCUCUUGUGGAUUUGUACUUCAGAGAGCCUGAAGCAAAGUUUCUGGUGAAAUGUUUAUAGAUAUAAAAGUUUUCAUCUUACUGAUGGUAGCUGCUCCACCUGCUGUCCAGUUCACAGAGGAGAAUAUUACAGAACAUUCAGUUCUGAAAAAGUUUCAUUUAAUUUACUGGAUUUGUACUGGUUCAUUUAAGAUGGGGCAUUUUUGAUACUGUGCAGAAGUCUUGGGCCUCUUAGUUUCUUUAUAUCUCAGAAAUGGAUUUAGACAUUUUUACAAUCUUUUUAAAGUAGCCUAGGAAAUUGUUUUCUGAGUAUUUUGUGUUUGCUUUGAGCCUCUUAUAAAAACAAAAAUACCCCAUGACACAGAGAAUUACAUUUCAACAUCUCCUUAGAAUAGAAAAUAAAAAAAUAUAAAUGUCCUUUAUUGUUUUUCAAGGGGGAAACUCAGAUGUACUGGCGGCAAUGUGACAUUCAGGUCGAAUAAUGCAGAAUUACACAAAAAUAAAAAUAUAAAAGCAGAACUAGCAGUACAGCAAGGGCUGAUUUACAACAUAAGAAAAGACUGUACAGUUAAUAAAAACCAUAAACGUGCAGUCAAAUAGGAUGAUUUUUGAAAAAUUGUAUAUAUGUGAAUAAAAAGCAACAACAAACAUUUACCAGAAGUGAAAACAAUCAGUGCAAACAACAGCAGGGAUGAAAACACUUAUUGAGUUUGUGGGUCCAGUCUGUCACUGAAGGAGCUUCCCAGCGUCAUGCACAAAGUCCAAGACAGCGAUAAUGAAAUCAUUAAUGAUUUUGUCUUAGUUAAAGUCCUUCCUGUCUCCCACAAUCUGCCUGGGGUCAAAGGGCAUCCUAAAGGAGGCUUGUUGACAGAUUUGAUUACAAACUGGAUAAUGAUGCAUUUUUCAAGCUCUGUGUUGGGUUUUCUAACUUAUUUUGAUCACCUGUCCUGAAAUAACAUAAGUGUAAGUUAAAAAUGGAACCAGAGGAGAAAAAACUUCAAAGUGAAUUUAUUCUGAUCAAGAUCAUCAGAAGAUUGGCUCAUUUGAGGCAAAUUUAAAGAAAGUAUGAGAGACUUAAGACUUUUGCAAAGGACUGAACCCAAUUAGCUAUUAGAUAAAUAUUAAAAGUUUAUUACUCUGUGCUGGAGCUUUUUUUUUUUUUUGCCAACCAUUCAUCCUCCUUUAACAGAUUUUUUUUUUAUUAAGCAAUUAUUUAAACCAUAACAGUGACAGCAGAUCUGAAAUAAAAUCUGAAUCCAGCAGAAAUAUUUGUUACAGGCGGGUAACUUUUUUCCACUUCUGAAGAAGAAAAUGAGAUUUUUAAACAAUGCUGUAAAUCCUGAUGUACAUGCCAUAAUUUCAUGUUUAUGCAGCGGCAGCUUUGCGCAACAUGUUUCGCUGUGUAGCAAAUUUUAAUAAUCGGAAAGUUAAACCCUUCUUGUUUCUAAAUUUGGAUGUGUAACAACAUUUCAUCCACUGCUUCAAGAGCUGUCAUUCAGUUGAACAUUUUUUCCCAGAACCUAUUUUAUUAAAAGGUUCUGAUUUUAAAAGAAAACUAAAAGAAAGAGGUUCCUCUUGAAGAAAAAAACAAAACUUUUAUGCCUGUAAAUGAAACUGCUGGAGCUCCUUCCACGUCUGCGUGCUUGUCAUGGUUUGUUUGCCUCUUUGUGUAAAACUGAUUCUCAAACUAAAUGCUGAUUUAAAGGAGUGUGAGCAGAAAUAAAGCAGUUUUAAGAGUGAA